AAACAGGCCCUCAACUUGCCCUCACCUUCUUCCUCGAACCAAACACUCAACACCAAACAAAUCUCAAAUCUACACCCCCCUCUCUCUCUCUCCCCCUCUCCCUGGGGAGGGUCCCUCCCCUGCAACGCCGCACCCUCUGCUCCCGCGGCCAUGGCACCAAGAUUGGUGGUCACAUAGUUCGUCUUCCCGUUGCGGCCCAAUUCGCGGAGGUGCGGCAUGGCGGCUCCGUCGUUGCCGUCGCAGAUUGUGCAGUUCAACAGCAAGGCGAUGGAGGACAAGCUGAAGAGGCUGGCCCUCAAAGUGGGCCACCAUGAGGACAACAUUAGGUUCCUCAAAUCCCAACUCAAUGCUGUCGAAGACGCGUGCAUUGACCUGGGAAUCAAACUUGGGAAUUAUCAUUCAUCCGUGGCUGCUGUUAUGAAUAAUGAUACUUCUGCUCAAGAGGCUGAACAGCGUACUAUCCGAAGUAUACUUGAUCAGGACACGACAGCAGCUGGGAUUAUAUGCCAAUUGAAAGUCCGUCAUCAUGAGCUAGCAUCUAAGAUGACACUGAUGAAAGGUAUCCUUGGUUUUGUGGCUACAUUGGGAAAAGUAAAUAAUGACAACCUCAGCAGGCUUCUCACAGAGUACUUGGGAAUGGAUAACAUGCUUGCUCUUGUUUGCAAGACUUAUGAUGGUGUUAAGGAUCUUGAGAAAUACGACAAGGAUGGCAUCAUUGAUAAGACGAGUGGUGUUCAUGGACUUGGUCGCUCUGUUGGAAAAUUUCUGGAUGGAAGAUUUACUGUCUUUUGUCUUGAAAACUUGAGGCCAUUUUCUGGUGAUAUUAACAUUGGCGAUCCGCAGAGAAAACUUAUUUUACAUAGACCAAGGUUACCUGGAGGGGAGUCUCCUCCUGGUUUUCUGGAUUUUGCAGUAAAUAUGAUCCAUCUGGACCGAGCACACUUGAGUUGCCUCACAGCCAGUGGCCAUGGUCUUAGGGAAACUUUGUUUUAUACUUUGUUUUCCCAUUUACAAGUUUAUAAGACUAGAGCUGACAUUCAAAGUGCUCUUCCUCUUAUAAAAGAUGGUGCUGUUUCUCUAGAUGGUGGUAUACUGAGACCCAAUGGCUCAUUCUGCCUUGGCGAUAGCAAAAAUCUUGAAGUGAGAUUUCCUGUAAACAUUGAGGUUUCAAGUUUACCUGAAAAUAUCGCUGAAAUGGAGGAGCAAGUUAAACUUAAGAAUUGGGAGAAGGAAAGGGUUCUUGAAGAUAUGAAAAGGGAGGAGGAUUUGCUGAAACAAGUUAAGGAAUUAUACAGGAAGCAGAAGCAAGAGCUCAUGGAUUAUCUCACUCAUCCAGCAGUGGCACAGACGUCGCGUGAUUCGCCAACAACUCAUUCACCCACAACCCCUGGAAGUAAUCCAUUUGGAGCCAAGCCCUCCCACAAGGGCUGGUAGUAGAAACAUUUAGUGGCGUCCCUAUUUUGUUGGGCCUCUUGCAUGCGCUGGCAUCAUGCCUGAAGCACGACAUAACUACCUUUUGCCAUGAUCUUGGUGUUAGUUUGUGGAGGACGAUAGACCAGUGAAAUUCUUCUGUUACUUUCAUACAGCUAGCUUAGUGGCCCUAUGGAUCUCAAUUAAUCUAUGGGGUUAGAAUGUUUUUUAGCUUUUGCUUGUGGGUUUGUGAGGCUUUUUACUUCAUGGUUGCCUUGUAAGUCCUUGUUGAGAGGACAAGUGAUCUACAUGUACAUGUACAUGCAAGGUAAAACAUGCUAAUCAAAUUGCCAGUUGCUGAUCUUGAUUCUUGGUUGUUGAUGCACUUUUCUGCUUGAUGUAAUAGCACAAGUAAAUUGGAAGUAUCAGCUGGUUGUCGUUUUA